UAAUGGAUAUGUUUGUAGUAUAAAUAACAAAUAAUCCAAUUUUUUUUUUUAUUACGGUAUUUAUUAUUCUGAAUAUUAUAGUUAUCAAUGGCGUCAGUUAUUAUACUUUUAUCAUUUUUAUGUGGUUUUUCUGUCGUACUGAAUGCUACCGUUGUCUUAGCAAUAUUUUUAAAAAGAAAAUCCAAGGGAAUGAGAGAUAUAAUUUUGAUGAGCCUUGCUAUAUGUGACGGUGUACAAUGCACUUUAGGUUUUCCAGUUGAGCUUUAUGGCUUCUCUAACUUAAACAGUCCUUUGCAAAAUGAAUAUUUGUGUAAAGCAAACGGUUUUAUUGUAAUGUACCUUGCUUUGACUGCAAUCUCCCAUUUGGUUUGUUUGUGUGUAUACCGUUUUUUAUCAAUUGUAUACCCACUAAAAAUACAGAAAUUCUUUUUAGAUUCUAGAAGGGAGGCAUUACUUUUUAUUCUAUUUUGUUGGAUUUAUGGAUUUUUUUGGUCAGUAACUCCUUUAUUGGGCUGGAAUGAGAUAAUACGAGAAAAAGAAGACACACAUCGGUGCUCGAUUAAUCUGAACCCUGAAGACAAUAAUAAACGUAGCUAUUUGUAUUCAUUAAUGGUGUUCUGUUACUUUAUACCUUUGGUAAUUAUUAUAUUCUGCAGUUUGAGGGUACAUUUUGAGCUUUCCAAAAUGCUCAAAUUGUGCAAACAUAUUUCAGGUAGAGAGGCAAGUAUUACCAAAGAAACUUAUAAAUUGGAAAGACAAGAUUUUAUUUCUAUUAGUCUCAUUGUUUCAUCGUUUUUUAUUGUUUGGACUCCGUAUACUAUAUGCGUAAUUUUUUCUUCUCUUAGAAGUAGUUUACCAACAGGUCUAUUAACAUACUCUGCUUUGUUUGCGAAAUCAUCAACAAUUCUAAACCCCGUAAUAUAUUGUCUAAUGUAUAAAGAGUACCGUGAAACAUUGCAAAGCGAAUAUCGGAAGAUCUUCAAAAGUUCGGUUGUUGCACCUUUUACGGAAAGAAGUCAAACAGCUGCGCUAUCUACCUUAAGUAGUCAUGGAGAUGCGUCAUUUACUUAAAGAUAUUUGGAUAAACAUUUAUAAAUGAAUAGUGAACAUGAUUAUUUAAAGGCUUUGGUCAACAAAAACUUGGUUUCACCGCGGGUUUGAUCAGCAAAGACAUUUUAGAGCAUAGAAAUAACAGUAACAGUAAAUACUGGACAACAGGAUAAAGAUUUGAUAUACGCAAUAAAAAAUUUUACAUUUGCUGAUUAAUAAAAAAAGUUUUAUUGUUAAUUUUCUUAGCAGAUAGUACUUCAG